AUGGAGAUGACGUCAUGCUGCAGCGGAUUCGGCCAGUGCGCAUGCUCGGUGAAGAGACAAGGCGAGACAGCAGUCACAGCCUCAGCGCCUCUCCUCCUCUCCUUCGCACAGACCGGACCAGUGCAGGACCACUCUCCCACUUCACCGCUUCACAUUCUGCCAGGAACCACACACCAAGACCACAACAUGCGUGAGAUCGUGCACCUGCAGGCCGGCCAGUGCGGGAACCAGAUUGGAGCCAAGUUCUGGGAGGUGAUCAGUGAUGAACAUGGUAUCGACCCCACCGGGACCUAUCAUGGAGACAGUGAUCUGCAGCUGGACCGCAUCAACGUCUACUACAAUGAAGCUUCAGGGGGGAAGUAUGUGCCCAGGGCGAUCCUCGUGGAUUUGGAACCAGGCACCAUGGACUCUGUUCGCUCUGGCCCCUUUGGACAGAUCUUCAGGCCUGACAACUUUGUCUUUGGUCAGAGCGGUGCUGGGAACAACUGGGCCAAGGGUCACUACACAGAGGGGGCUGAGCUGGUGGACUCGGUGCUGGACGUGGUGAGGAAGGAGGCGGAGAGCUGCGACUGUCUGCAGGGCUUCCAGCUCACACACUCGCUCGGAGGCGGCACUGGCUCCGGAAUGGGGACUCUCCUCAUCAGCAAGAUCCGGGAGGAGUACCCUGACCGAAUCAUGAACACCUUCAGUGUGGUGCCUUCCCCCAAGGUGUCUGAUACUGUGGUGGAGCCGUACAACGCCACUCUCUCCGUGCACCAGUUGUGGAAGUGUCUGUGGCCUGAGCUGCAGCUUUAUUUCAGUCAUGAGAUCUCUAUAGGACUCCACACUCUUCUCUGCUGCCCCACGCCUGGAGGAAGCCAGACCCGUCUCCUCUGCUGGCCCUGCGCCUGGAGGAGGCCUGACUCCAGAAACAUGGGCUCAAGACUCAAACUAAAUCCUGAGCGGACUUUCUACUGGUUUUUUGAAGCUUGUUGUCCAGUGACCAGAGACAGAGACCCAGUUGUGCAGUUCAUGUUCCCAGAAGACUUCACAGAUGAGUGGUGUCCAUAUGACUUGUAG